UGGUGAAAAUUUUUAGUCUAAUCCGACCCGUGUUGCACCUCUGCCCGUUUGAACCGAACAAAUAGUCUUUAAAAUUAACACGUCCCCCCUCUUUGAUUUCUCUCACAGCUGGGAGCAUGGUUUUCGUUUGAAAUCACACCGCUGUGACUCGGGUUGGAAAGACGGACAGAGCCCCAAAGCCUGUUUCAGGUGUCAGCUGGUAAAGCUUGUGUGUGCGUGAGAGAGUGUGUGGGUGUGUGUGAGUGCGCUUGCAGGCGCGUGUGUUUUCCCGGCCCAGUCGGUAUUUGGAGCAGAACGUGGCCUGAAAACAUCACAGAGGGACAAUGAGUGAGCUAGAACAGUUGCGGCAGGAAGCCGAGCAACUACGCAAUCAGAUCCGGGAUGCCAGGAAAGCCUGCAGUGACUCUACUUUGUCACAGAUCACAGCUGGUCUGGACUCAGUGGGCCGGAUACAGAUGCGGACACGACGCACUCUCAGGGGCCACCUGGCCAAGAUCUAUGCAAUGCACUGGGGGAGCGACUCCAGGUUACUUGUCAGUGCCUCACAAGAUGGAAAGCUUAUCAUCUGGGACAGCUACACAACAAAUAAGAUGCAUGCCAUCCCUCUUCGCUCCUCCUGGGUAAUGACGUGCGCAUACGCCCCCUCUGGGAACUAUGUGGCCUGCGGAGGGCUGGACAACAUCUGCUCUAUAUACAGUCUGAAGACCCGCGAGGGCAACGUGCGGGUCACCCGGGAGCUUCCCGGACACACAGGUUACUUGUCCUGCUGUCGUUUCCUUGAUGACAACCAGAUACUGACCAGUUCCGGAGACACCACCUGUGCACUGUGGGACAUUGAGACAGGCCAGCAGGCCACCAGCUUCACAGGCCACACAGGGGAUGUGAUGAGUUUGUCUUUAAGCCCAGAUUUCAAGACCUUUGUGUCUGGAGCCUGUGACGCCACAUCCAAGCUGUGGGAUAUCCGUGAUGGCAUGUGCAGGCAAUCUUUCACCGGCCACGUGUCUGACAUCAAUGCCGUCACCUUUUUCCCCAAUGGAAACGCCUUCGGCACAGGCUCAGACGAUGCCACCUGCAGGCUGUUUGACCUGCGUGCUGACCAGGAGCUGAUGAUGUACAGCCACGACAACAUCAUCUGUGGCAUCACCUCUGUCGCUUUCUCCAAGAGCGGCCGUCUGCUCCUGGCUGGCUACGACGACUUCAACUGCAACGUCUGGGACACUCUGAAAGGCGAGCGAGCAGGUGUGUUAGCGGGCCAUGACAACAGAGUGAGCUGCUUAGGUGUGACAGAGGAUGGCAUGGCUGUGGCCACUGGCUCCUGGGACAGUUUCCUCCGGAUUUGGAACUAAGACAAAUCUCUUCACUGUGGUAUUCAAUCACUGCCCACCAACUUCCCUUCCCACAACUCACCCCACAUAUCCCAACUCAUCGGCUGGGCUGGACCUGUGGGGUGCACACUGUGUCAGCCGAAAUCAUCCUUACUCACCCCGACCAGCCCACUUGUGAGAAUGUACCAACUCUUUCUACCUUUCCAAGGGAUGUUUUUCACCCAGCUACUACAAAGAAUCAAAAAAUAAGAGCCUUUAAGUAGUUCCCAGUUAAAAACAAAAGCCUGAGUUAUAAAGAAACGAAGGAAAAAUUGAAGAUUUUGCCUGUGUGCAAAUUUUCAGGAAAGCGACAAAAAAAUGUCUGUUACUAUGAGAAACAACAAACAAGAUGACAAUUGAUGUGUAAUAUGUAUAUAAAAUACAGUAUAUAUGUAUAGCAUUAUGUGUGUAUAUAUGCAUCAUAUAUGCAUAUAUAAUGUGUAUGUAUAUAUUUUUGUAGUUAAUUUCUCACCCUUGAGUUUUUAUUUUAUUUUAGGGGUUUUAUGUUUCUUUUAAAUGUAGAGUAGUUCUUCAAAAGACCGAAGCUUUUAUUUGAUUCUGUGUUCGUGCCAGAAAAUUUAAACAUUGAAAUGAAUCAACAUUUAAGGUAAAAUUCUAGUUAAAUUUUCCAACAUAGGUAUCUGGUACUUCUGAUUUAGUUCAGCUUGCGCAUCCAGCAACAAAGGAUGAUUUUAUCGGUAGAAAAUUAAAUCUGCAGGAAUAUAAUUUGGCCCAAUUUAACUCUCAUUCCUUGGAUAUAUGUCUACAAAUUCUGUGUUCAUGUGAAUGAUAGCUGUUUUUAUUUAAUUUUUUGAAUAACACAACCCCUGGUUUUCCUCACCACUGUCUUUUAGUUUAGACAGAAGCAGUCACACCACUGUUGGAGUGAUGAGGAAGAGAACUUCAACAUUAACAAGCAGUGUUUUAAGUUUUUAAGUAUUUGAUUCUGCUGUUGUUCCAAUGUAGAAACCAGUACAUUUUAGGCUAAGAUAAGGAACCUAAUUUUAAUGGAGGCCCUGCCUUCCCCUCUUGCCACAUGGAAGGUGGUUUCAAAUCAUCUGAUGCUGAAUAUCUGAAGGCCGGUUCAUUCCAUGCAAGUUAACAACUGUGUGCUACGAUUGAUAUACAAAUAUUGGCAUCCAAAAACAGGGCUUUCCCAUUAUGACAUCCGAGCCUCCUGUGGUCCAAACAGUUAUAUAAUUUUCCUUAAAGCUGAGACUCAAGUUGCCCAUACAAAUGAAAACCAUGGAGCAAAGUGCAUCGCCAAGAGGCAGAGCACAUUCUCUCCCAGCAGAAGCUGUUUUUUUUUUUACCUGUGAGUCUGUAAUGGCGCUGAGGCCUGUAAGGAGGACAAAAUGUUAGAGCUUGUCUGUUAUUAUGUGAAGAUACUGAAGCAACACAAGUGGCAGGGACUCUGACAGCGGCCUAUGGACUAAAGAAAAGAUGUUUGUCAGAUCUCAGCAUGUCAUUUUAAUCUUUUUUUAUUGUCUCAAUGAAGGAUCAAAGAUCCCUUAUAGUUGUCAGCAAGGUGUGAACUGAGUGUCUUCACUGAACUGAGUCAUGUUAGCCACUCCAUAAUCACACCAGUGCCACCACAAGCCUGUAAAAAAAGAUUCUAAAUGUGUAACACUUUGAGCAUUCUUUUCUCCUCACCAAAAACAUGUUAGAAACUGUUAAAUAUUGCUUGUGAAGAAAGUACACUUGGUAGAAAGAAAUGUACGCAUGGUAGAGAGCUAGAAAGGCACUCACAAACUGUAGUACAAAUGUAAACCAUUGAGCACAUGUGACUUAUUUACCCAUAGAGGAAAGUGGUAUCUCUGAUUUGAGUAUUCUCGCAUCACACAUCUUCCAUUAUUUUAGCUCGGAUAAGGCUUAAUUUUUUAACGACUUAUACACAUAAUGUACGUGAGUUGGACCUACCCAUCAACUGUCUCUGGUGCCUAUCUGUAAAUAUGAAAGUUUGACCCACUUGGGCUGGAUAAAAGAGGGUGUGUGUGCUCCUGUGAGAUGUGGCACUAUUGUCUUCAUUCUGCCUUACGAUAGCAUUCAUACUAGAGGGUAAUACAAGCAUCAACUACAGAAAUGUUUUCCAUCUCCUUUUUACACACUGAUCAAUAAGGAUUGCUUAUUAUUUUUCAUUUUCCAAUAGAAGCACAUUCUGAUCUUAGAGAACACUAAAAAGAGCAUGCUUACAGAAAACCACAACAACCACAUGCAGCUUUAAACUGUGUCUUAAAGCAAGUGUUUUACAUCACUUUUAUACUAUUCUGCUUUCUACUACUACCGUGCAGUCUGUAGUAUUUAUUUAGGUUCAAUUGUAAUGAAUGAAACCCCUCUUUGGUAUAUUGACUUCUUUUAGCUGCUUUUACCAGGCUUUGCAUUAAUGAAUCCAUAUUGAGAGAAUGUUGAAAAACAGUUAUAGUUUCAAGCCUGAGAAUAACUUUGAGAUGUGUAGGAUGUGAUAUGUAUUGCAUAUCAAUGUUGAGGCGUGUCUGUGGGGAGGGACGGGAAGGGGGCUGAUUUGCGUGUGUAUUUCGAUAACCUAUAAAUCUAAGUGUUACUUCAUCAUUUGUGCCAAUAUUAUGCACAGACCCUGAGCUGUGAACUGAAAAAAAUAGUCAAUGUGACAAAAAACAUGUUGCUCACUUUACUCAAGUGCCAGCCUUCUCCAUAUCCAUCAAGUAUAAUUCUAUCUGAGAAUGAUUUCUGUUCUGACAAGUAGACUCCUUUAUAUCUGAUUUUUUUUUUUUGUAUACUAAAGUGUUAAAUUGACUGGGACUUUUUGAUUAAGGUUUGUUUUCAGUCAGCUGACGUCAGGUGUUCAAAUCCCCAGAUAAAGGUGACAGUUAAAUGAUUCAACAUGUUGGGAAAUUCUGCCUCCUGAUGGUUGUAUGAGUAGAUCAGAAACACCCAUGUUUGUCUGCAAAAUGUUUGCUGGGCUACAACAAGCAGCCUGUUAGCUUAGCUUAGCAUGAACACUAAAAACGGGAUAACAGCACAGAUUUGUCUAAAGGUUAAAAUAGUGUAAUUUCGUUUAUGGUAACUACUGUAAGUAAAGCGGGCAACUUACCCAACCAGUUCUUGUCUGGUAGCUGUAACUUCUUUCUGCUCGUUGCCUGGUCACAGGUGCAGCACGUAUCAGCUCAUUUAAACUAAAUUGUUGUUUUUGAGAUUUAAAAAAAAAAAGACAGAAAAUGUUUGAGCUUUAGAGAUGAUGGCAGUCUGAUUCUUUAACCAUAAAGUAUAGCCAGCUUUGCUAUGUCCCUAUUUCAGUCCUUGUUCCAAGCUAAGCUAGCAGCAGCCUCCAUGCUAAAUUAUUCAUUAACAGACUCGAAAGGGUUAUCUACUCAAACUUUGUGCCAGUGAAUAAAACAACCUUAUUCACUGGAACUGAUGAACCAUUGUAUCGAACCCACUGUUUUCAUUCAAGAGCUGUUUGUAAUUUAGAUGAACAAAAAAAAAAAAA